CGCCUCCAUCUGUAUUCUCGUUCUCUACUCUGAACUUCUCCCCCCCCCCUCUCUCCCUCUCUGCAACUGCAAACUACAAAAUCUACAAGAAUUAGAAGUUCAAAACCCAUAUAUUUCAGUUUAUCUAUCUGUCUGCAAGAAUCAAAAGUUCAAAACCUAUUACCUAUAUCAAAACCCAUAUCGGCAUAUCAUUUCAGAUUGUUCAAAAAAUCAAAACCCAUAUCUUUCAGUUUCCAUCGGCCGCUGUUCCAGUUCGGGUGCGCCGUUCGCAAGCUUCAGUCGCUGGCCCGCUGUCUCUCAACUCUCAAGCUUGCCCCCCUCUCUCUCUGCAACUGCUAACUUGUAUUCAUAUAAUCCGAAACAGAUUAUGGCAAUGAUUUGAUCAGUUUCUUUUGCAUAAUAACUCACUCUUCGCUACUGGCAAUGAAGCAUAACUUCCACAGGAACAUUGAGAUUCAUGUUAUUGCCAAUCAUCUUCUCUCUUGGCUCAAUUUUGCUUAGGUUUUUUGGCUACUGGUCACACUUCAAAGCCUUAAUGUGAUCUAUUAUAGUACUUGUUAAAAAAGUUAUCAGAUCGUUCCUCGUGUGUGUAGUUGGUUGAAUUCGUUCUGCAAGAAAGAUCACUUGAAAUGGAGAAUGAACACAACGAAGACGAAUCAGAGUCUAUAUCGACUGGGGUUUUUGAGUUAUCUGGAGAACCUGCUGUUGUUAUAAAUGGGGUGCCACCUGUGUCUCCAAAUGACGGUACGCUUGUUCUCUGUGGCAUCACAAGUGAUGUAGAAUCACACAGAAAUGUAAGUUUUGGCGAAUGGUUGGUAGGAAGAGAAGUUCGCAAGUUGUUUGGGGAGCAGCUUUAUAAUGGGAAAGUGACCGAGUUUGACAAGGAAUCAGGUUGGUACAGGGUGGUGUAUGAGGAUGGUGAUUUUGAAGAUCUGGAGUGGCAUGAAUUAGAAGAAAUUCUUCUGCCCCUGGACAUUACAGUUCCAUUGAAAACCUUAGCAUUGAAGAUCAUCAAAAAGAGGCAGAGACCGAUUCAUAGAUCAGGGAAGAGACUCGGUAGAGCUAAAAAUUACCAAGCCACAAGGACUGCAGAUUCUGGAGGAAGCCUCCCUUGAUGAAUUUCAAAAGUUCAGUGAAGACAAACGUAAAUGUGCACAACCGGAGGAAUGAUGAAUAGAUUUAACAAGUUCUAGGAAGAGCCAUAAUAGAAUAGCAUUUUGCCAAGAUUUGUAACAGCUUGACUUGUAGAAACCCCAAUAUGAAGAGAGCUAAGUUGCAAGGUGAACUUGUUAUGAACCAUUUCUUGAAAGCAAUCAAAUGCCAUUUUUUUUUUUUUUUUGGGCGGGGAUUGGGGGUUUUGUUAUGGAAUUGUGUUACCAAAUGCAGAUGAUGAAUUAGAAAACGUUUCAUGUCUUGUUUACCUGUAUACCUACUAUCUUGGAAUUAUUUUGAAAGUGAAGUUGAAGAGAGUUGCUGUUAUAUUUAACUUCUUCAUAUUGUUUUGGUAAAGUAGGGUUAAAAAUUUUUACAGAUUAUGAAAACUGUGUGUUUACAAAUGAUA